AUGCAGCGCCCUCACCAACGUGAACGCUUGUCGGUUCAUGAACACAAGUCGACUGCCCUCUGGUCGGUAGCACCAGUAUUAGCACCAGCAACCGACGCGAACUCGUCCUUCUCCCAAUCCUUGACACGGUUUCCUGCAACGACCGACGCCCUGGCAAAUCCAAACCCCACUGGUAUCGCUGGCCUACCUCUCACAACCUCUGUUAUCUCGACUUCGCCGCCAACGUCACACGCAGUUCAAAAGCCUGCACAAUCAUCAUCGUCGACGCUAUCUCAAUCACUGACGCAAUCAGGGUCGCAACGCGGUGCAAAGCCACCCCUACGGUCCUCGUCGAACUGUAACGGCUUCCUCCUCCCUGGGCCAGCGACUCUGAACGGGAACGGGAACGGGAACGGGUGUGGGUGUGGGAGUGUGAACGCGAGCGGAACAGGGAGCGGGAGUUUGAGCUCGAAUUCGAGUUCCAGUAGUUGCAAGCUAGGAAGCUUGAGGCUCACAAAGGCAAAGGUGUGCCCGAUCCCUGCAAGUGCGUGCACGUUGCGCUCGCGUACGGCCGCCACCAUUCCUUCCUUUUCAUCAUCACCCACCUCCGCCACCAGCACGUCUUUCCUCACCCGCAAAUCCGCCUCCUCGCCCCUCCUCGCCGAUUUGCAGAGCCACCUGCCUCCACCACCGUAUUCUGAAUCCCAAAAUUCACUUCCACCUGCACGUUCGCAUCCGCAUACACACCCCUCGUCGAAGAACGCUAGCCCCGUCAUCCCAAGCCCGCCAACGAAUCUAUCGACAUCGAUUUAUAUGCACUCGGACACGGAAGACGACGAGGAGAUGAUCUAUACCUCGCGGCUGCGCCCACACACCCACUCGGGGACCAACAGCCAUAGCCAUGGGGGUAGCUCGACGAGCCUGCGCAGUCGGAUAUUCGGGUUGGCGAGUGCCGGUGGUGGCGGUGGGCAUUCGCGGGGACGGUCAGAUAGGGACAGGGAGCAGGGGAAGCUGAUAUGCACGACGCCUGGCGAGACGUGUGCGGGCGAGACGGAGACGGAGACGGACGAGCCGUCCCGACACCUCCCAACAGCCCGCAUUAUCCCCUCCUCAGGCCCGCUCAUCCCACCACACACCCUCCAGCAAACACUCACACCCCUCCUCUUCGAAUUCGCCCGCUUCCUCUCCGUCGUCCCUGCCAUCCUCGGCACCCUCUACAACCUCUACCAUAUCUACGCCCCACCACCACCCUUAUCACCCAAUAUUACCGGUCGACCACCUCCAGAUCGACUCGACUUCUUCGUCGCGGCGCUCUGGGCGAUCCUGACAGGCUACCAGUGCCUUGCGCUCGCGACGGGCCUGCUCACACGCUGGCGGCUGUACUACGAGCCCCUGUCGACACUCGUACGCCUCCUCGCUCUGCAGGGCAUCUGCUGGCAGGCGACCCACCUCUCCAUGAGCAUCCUCAAUGGCGAGAGAAGACCGGUGGUAACGUGGGCAGUGGUGGGGACGACAACGUGCAUAAGCCGGAGCGUGCAGAUAUGGGUGACGAGUAAUUUGUGGUGGGAGGUUGAGGGGGUUCAGUCGAGCGAGGAGACACCGGCGGCAACGAAUCUGUCGAGUGGUCUGUCGGCGAGCGUGGCCGCCCUCGCCGGGCUCGCCUCUUCCUCUUCCUCUAUCCACUCUCACUCUCACCCAUCAUCAGGCAAGACGAAAGUCCGUGGCGGGUACUGGAAGCGCGUCGCAGGCGGUACGUGGGGCGGGCGGCGGUGGGACUGGCGCGAGGUCGGGAUCCAUUGCAUGCUGCCCGCUGGCGUCUUGUAUUUCGUCAUGGCGUGGGCGGAGCAGGUGCGCAGGGAGUGGGUCGCUCAGGUGCCUGCGCCCAGUUGUUAG